AUGCCUUCCCUGCACCACGGAGCUAUCUUCAUCGGAGCCUUCCUCAUUGUGACCGGUGGGUCCACAGCCUUCUUGGCCUCGGCCCAGAGCCGCCUGCAGGCUUUCUCCCUCUGCUGUGUGGUGCUGGGGGUGGUUCUGCUCAUCCUGGGGCUCUUCUGGGCAAUGAACAGAAAAAAUGCCGCAAACUACAACCAUGGGGAGUUUGACCCAGACUGCCAACAUUAUCCGUACGACUUCUUCGUACCCCCGGGGAGCCACUUCCCAGAGUCCCAGUCAGUGUUUCUUCCCAGGACAAUGGAGCGCCACAGGCAUGGUGCACGUGGUGAGGAAUUUGACUACCCUCCCAUGGACUCCGGUGGUUUUAGUCCAACGCCUCAUCCUCCUCCUUGGCUGGGACCUCCGCCGCCGUACGAGGUUGCCAUCAAGUCCACGUGCAGCUCUACACACCUGCGGCGUGCAUACUCAGACACACACCUGGCAACAGAGCCCCUGUUUGGACAGUCAAGAGAGAUCAGCUUUGAGGUGUGAUGCUGGACGAUGUAGAUACCCCGCCUCUCUGGGGCUCACUCAUACUCUACUGUAGCUGCCUUUUGACAGC